AUGAAUUCAACAAGAAAUGAUAAUUUAGAGACAAAGUAUUUUGAUGAUAAUUAGUUUAAGGAGAAUUAGCCUAUGAAUACAAAUAAAGUAACAAGUAGAGGCUAUUAAUCUAAUAUUUUACAAUCAUUGGCAAUAUAGGGAAGCUAAAAGAAAAAAUUCAAUAGUCAAAAGAGGGACAUUUAUGUUCAAAAGUUUAUGAAGAAUAUGCAAUCUGGAAAUUAAAAGAUUAAGCAAUUAAAUAAAUUAUAAUUACAAAUGAUCAAUGAUAAGGCAAGUUCAUAAAAGACUUAAAUCUAAAAAAAAUCAACAAUUCCAAAAAUAAAUGGAAGAUAAUAGUUAUUUUUGAAUAAUCUAAAAAAUUCAUUUAAAAAAAAAUUGGAUAGAGUACCUAUUUUAUAUCCAUAUGCAAAAUUUAAAAUAUUAUGGGAUGCCAUAUCAGUCUUAACUCGAUUGUAUUUCACAUUUGUAAUUCCUUUAGAUUUAGGUUGGCAAUAAAAAUCAUUUAUUUUUUAUGAUUUUUAAGGUAUAUCUAUUAUAUCUCUUUUGUUCAUAAUAUUUGAUUUAAUAUUGAGUUUGAAUACUGCUUAUUAUAAGGAUGGACAAUUAGUGACUAAUAGAAUAAUGAUUUUAAAACAUAGUCUCUUUAAUUCAUAUGGAUUGCAAUGGUUCACAGUCUUUUUAUUGAUAUUGUUUUUCUUUAUUUCAAUAUCAGAAGAAGCACUAUAUGGAACAAAAUCCACUUUUAGCUUUUUAAUAUUAAUCUUAUUUUUAGUGCAUUUUAAACCUAUAAUCACAAUAGUUAAUUAUUAUGAAGAGACAUUAAAUUUUAACAAAUAAAUCUAAUCGAUCUUAGAAUUAGUAAAAUUAUUAUUUGUACUCUUUUAUUCAAUUCAUUUUUUUUCUUGUAUUUGGAUGCUUGUUGGAAAUUAUAGUAUUACAAAAUAUAAUAAAAGUUGGGUAUUAUAAAGUGGAGUUGAAGAUGCUGAAUGGUAAAUUUAAUAUUUAUAAUCAUUCUAUUAUUCUGCUGUAACUAUGUUUACAAUUGGAUAUGGAGAUGUAACACCUUAAUCAUCUGCUGAAAAAGUCUUAGCAGUUACUUAUAUUAUAGCAGCCAGUAUUUAAUUACCAUAUAGUGUGAAUACUUUGGGAACCAUCAUUUAAUAAAUAUCAGUUUACACUGUUGAAAAGAAAAGGAAAUUAAGAAUUAUAUCUACUUAUUUAACUUAAUAGAAGAUAUCAUAGGAUUUAUAAAUUUAAAUUAGAGAAUAUUUAACAUUUAGAUGGGAAAACUAAUAAGUAAGUAAAAAUGAUGAAGUUGAAUAAUUAAUAGCAUAAUUAUCAACAGAUUUAAAAGACUCUUUAGUAACAGAAUCAUAUAAAUAAAUAUUAAAUAAAUGUUCAUUAUUUAGUAUAGGAUUUUCAGAAGAAUUUAGAGCAAGUUUAGUUAAAUUUGCAAAAGAAAUUGCUUUAUAGCCAGAAUAAGAAUUACAUACAGAUGAUUCAUCUUAGAAUAAUUUGUAUUAUAUAAUAUCAGGAGAACUAUAGAUUUAGCAUUCAAAUGGAUUGAAUUUAGGAACACUUGUAUCAGGAUAAUCAAUAGGAUUAAAUAAUUUUAUUACUUCUUCUUAAAAACCAGAGAAAUAUAGAAGUGUUGGUUUUUCUAAAUUGAUUUGUUUAGAAUAAAAAUAUUUCUUAAAAUUAUUAUAAGAAUAUCCAGAAGAUUAUGAAAAAUAUUGUUAAAUUAAGGAUUCAAUGUUAUUUACUGAUUAAAAUUAGGAAUUACUUCCUUAGACAUGUUUUUCUUGCAAUAAAAAAUAUCAUUCUAUGAUUAAUUGUCCUAAAAUUCAUUAUGUUCCUGAUAAAGAAAAAAUCUUAAAGUCAUUUACUUUUCCGAAUUAUUAAAAAAGGACUAAAUUUAAUCGUAGAAUUAGAAUUAUGAAUUUUUUAACUCAAGAAUAAGUAAUAGAAGGAUUAAAAAUAGCAUCAUAAUAAUUAUUGAAAGACAAUCCUGAAAUUGUCAAACUUUAUUCAGCUGAAUAUUUGAUAAAUGAAGUAGAAUCAGCAAAAUAAUCAUUAAGUGAAAUAUAACCUUUAGAAUAAAGUUCUCAUUAUUCUAAUGAAUAAGAUAAAACUCCAGAAAAAUAAUAAUACUAAAAGAUCAAUAAAUUCAAAUAAGCUGUUCAUAAGAUUAUUUCUAUUAAUAAUGAAUAUUCAUAAUAUAUUACAUUCCAUUAAAUAGAUCCUAAGAAAAGUAAGUAACUAUUACAAAAUACAUUAACAUUAAGAUUGAAAGUUUUGGAUGAAUUAAAAAGUAGCAUUUUUAAAAAAGAGCAAGAUUUAAUAUAAUAUGUAUUGUAAUUAAAUAAUAUGGAUUAUUAUUUUGAUAAAUCUUAAUUUGAAAGUGCUCUUAAUUAUAAAAAUUAUUACCCUAAUGAUAAUUAUAAGAAUCUAUUCAAAGAGAAACAACAAAAGAGAAACUUAAAAUUAUUAAGAAGAUUAGCAUUGUACUUUUUAUAACCUUGUAAUAUAAUUGAUUAAUUCAAAUUAACUAAUGAUGACAUAAGUCCUAAGUUAUGUCAGAGAAGGAAGAAUCUUUACUUCUCAGUUGAUUUGGUAAUGCAAUGA